AGGUUUGGAUGGAGAAUGCUGAUCCAGGGAUUAGGAUUCAGGCACGGGGUCUGUCCCAGGGAGGGGACCCUGCGUGUUCGUUGGCACUGCUGCCUCUCCAUCAAGGCCGAUAUGUGAGAUGGGUGUGUUCUGCAUGGCUCCAAAACUCUAAUAAAUACAUUUCCUCCCCAAUCUUCUGUUGGGUGUUCCUUGCUUUUGGGAGGUGCUUUAAAUCCAACUGCCAGAGCCGUGGGCUGCUGAGAGCAGAAGCUGCCUGCACGAUGCUGAGCUCAGGUCUUCCUCCCCUUCUCCUGGUGCUCUCAGUGCUGGAGCACAGCUGGUCCUUGACUGAUGAAGAAAAGAAGAUAAUUUUGGAUGAACACAAUAAAUAUCGCUCCCAGGUGUCCCCUCCUGCCAGGGCCAUGAUGAAGAUGAGCUGGGACAAGGAGCUGGAGGAUCUUGCUCAAUCCUACGCAGARAAAUGCAUCUGGGACCACAACAAGGAGAGGGGCCGACGGGGGGAAAACCUCUUUGCUAUGGCCCCAAUGCUGGAACUGGAAUUUGCCGUGGAAGACUGGAAUGGGGAGGAGAAAUUCUACAACUUGACCACAUCCACGUGUGUCCCUGGGCAGAUGUGCGGCCACUACACCCAGGUGGUCUGGUCGAGCACGCAUCAGGUCGCCAAACCAGAGCCCACAGCUAAAACUGAGCCCACAGCUAAACCAGAGCCCAAAGCCAAACCAGAACCCACAACACCAGUCCAUACCACGGCUGAACCAGAACCCACAAAACCAGUGUCUGGCACAGCCAAGCCACCACCCACAGCCACAUUGCCAACCACAGCCCAGCCCAAACCCCCAGCACAGGAACCUAUCAGCACAGCCAAGCCAAAACCUGCCACCACUCUCCCAACAACAACCACAGCCAGGCCCAAACCCACCACAGCCAUGGCCAAACCCAAACCCACCACAGCCAUGGCCAAACCCAAACCCACCACAGCCAUGGCCAAACCCAAACCCACCACACCAGCAGCCACCAGCACCACAGCCAAGCCAAAGCCCACCACAGCUAUGGCCAAGCCAACACCCAGCACACCAAAACCCACCCUAACAACCACUGCCACUGAGCCAACAACCACCACUACCACCAAGAUGACACCCACCCCGCUGAAACCCAACACAACCAUCACUACCGCCAAACCCGCACCCACCACACCAAAACCCACCACAACCACCACUACAGCCAAACCGACACCCACCACACCAAAACCCACCACAACCACCACUACAGUCAAGCCAAAACCAACCACAACCAUGGCCAAACCAACACCCACCACACCAACACCCACCACACCAAAACCUACCACACCAAAACCCACCACAACUACCACCACAGCCAAACCAACACCCGCCACAUCAAACCCCACCACAACCACCACCACAGCCAAGCCAAAACCAACCACAACCAUGGCCAAACCAACACCCACCACACCAAAACCCACCACAACCACCACCACUGCCAAACCGACACCCACCACACCAAAACCCACCACACCAAAACCCAACCCAACUGUGGCUAAGCCAAAACCUGCCAUAGCCACAGCCAAGCCAGCACCCACCACACCAACAUCUACCACCACUAGGGCCAAACCAACACCUGCUGCUACGACACCAGCACCUGCCACAACAGCAAAGACACAACCGAAAACUGCCACAACCACAAAGCCAGAAYCAGAAAGGCCGGAUCYUACUGAGGCAACCGGGAUCACUCUUUCCUUUGAGCCCACAUUAAACCCAGAUUAUAGAGUAUCUCCAGAGGCAGACACUGGAGAGCCUCUCAUCUCCUUCACCACAGAGGAUCCAGCCUUAUUAGAAAGCAUGGGCACAGCCUUCAGCCCCAGAUCAGUCCCAGAAACAAAGGAAGGUGUCAAAGAGGAUGGGAAAGAGAAUUCAGCCUUUUCCAGUCCACCUCCAUCCCUCAGCCAAGUUCCAGAGAUCAAGUUAGGUUUCAAUAGAACUGAGCUCAUAACCCCCUCCAAGUCAGUGGUCCUCAGCCCUGAAGAGCCCACCUUCUUGCGCUUAACAUCAUCCUCCAAAGACAAAAAAGGGCCGAGCCCCCAUUUCCAGACCUCCCUCUCAGGUGCCCUGGACACAGAGGAACUGGAGACAAACUCGGACCAGACAAGUGUGGAUCCAGCCAAUGCUGGAGCACCCAGUGCCUGCUUGGGGYUUUSRCUCUUCCUCCUCCCCAGUGCCACCCUGGUGGGCCUUCUGCUCUGAAGGGUCUUCCUCAGCUGUCCCUGCACCCCUCACCAAGGCUUUUGUCAGCGCUGGUUGUUCCACAGCCCCGGCAGGCUCAGGACACUCCUSGGACAAUUCCCAGCUCCCUCCUUGCGCUGCCUCCUCUGCUGCAGCCCCGGUGAGCCAAGGGCAGCCSGCAGCCCUGGGGAACUUGGUCCCCUUCCCAAGGAGACCCGAGGGCAGGAGGGUGUUUGCCAUAAUGCUGGUGACCUUGGACGCUUCUCCUUUCUUCCUGGCUUCUGUUCCAUUUCCAGGCUGGAACUGUUGAUCACCCACAAAGCCGUGUGGCUGGCAGGCCCUGCUGCACCGUGACCCUGGGGACAGCAGGGUGACUGGGACACCAAGGGGCAGGGGGAUACUGGAUGGCUUUGGGGUUUGUAGAUGAGACACGGUGGAUGGCUUUGGGGUUUGCAGAUGAGACACGGUGGAUGGCUUUGGGGCUUGUUUCCAGCAGAAAUGCUCUUUUCCCUCCCAGUGUGUUUCUUUCAGUUUUGGACAAGGUUAAUCUCAUUCCCUUCUUGUCCAAAAAGAGUGGCUUUUUGGAGGAUUUGUGUUUCCUCCUGGUUCUGGUGUAGCUCUGGCCAGUACUGCCCAGCUCUUCUCCCCUCUCCCCCUCACAGUUUGCAGCCCUUGCCUCCUCCCUCUCUCCUGCUCUUUGCCACAUGUCCCAUUCCUCAGUUACUCCAAUGCCAUGCAUUUAUUUUACGAGUGUGCCUGCACCUGUGUGCGUGCACAGAAGAGAAAAACCUUCAGAGCUGAGCUCCUUCAUGUAGCUUUUCCCUGCAUGGCUUCAUUCUUUGCAUAAUUUCGGUGUAUUUGAAUUUAGAUAGAGAUGCCUCUUGAUGUGUAACUUGUGUGUGGUCAAGGAGAACAAAUCYCCUCGUGUGUUGGUGUUGGUACAAUCUGAGCUCCAGAGGUUUGAGUGACACUGUUUGAGGUUCUUGGUGAGGUUUUUGGUGGCUCCUGGUCCUGUUGCAGGACCACUGUGGACACUUUGUUUGGUUACCCUACGUCCUUCCUCCCUUCAGCUGAGGAUUCCCAGCCAGAUGUGUUCAAUAUGUGCACAAGGACGAUAACAGAGAGGUCCAGCCCUUUCCCCACUCAUCACAACCUUUCAUUUCUCACCGAGGAGGUGGGGGAUGACCUGAAGACCACCAUCCAUAUCCUCCCACUGCUGCUCUGCCCUGUGCAUCUCCAGAGCAUGCACUGAAUAAAUYCUGUUGUGAAAGUCUCUGCAGUGUCUCACUGGGGGAUCUAGACACCUGAAGCCACUCAUGACACCUGUAAAAUGCCCUUAAUUGUGUGCUUGCACAGAAUUGCUAAAA